GGAAAAAAGAAAAAGUAAAAACCCUGAGCCAGCAUAAAACAUCCCUGAAAACCUAGAAGCGCAUUAUAAGUUUGGACGCUGUUCUGCAAUUUUGACACGGCUUAGCAUCAACUCAAUAUGGAAGAAAAAAUAGACACUGCAGACAAGAAGGUGCUGGCUGAUAUUGUAAAAUUGGCACAAAAGAGAGGCCUCAAGGGUAAGCUAGGAGACUGGAAAGAAUUCUUGGACAGUCAUGACAAAAAGUUUGGGGCCAAUUUGAGUGAUCCUUCAAAGCGACCACAUGAGUUAUUGGCUACAUUUCUAAAGUCUUUUUCGAAGGAGGAAGAUUUGAAGUUUUUUGACAACAUCAUGCGACAUCAUGAAAAUCAAUACAUGUUGGAGCGACUGAAAGAUAAAUCCCAUGAGUCCCCGGAGCAGGUACGUUUUAGUGGUGAUUUCUCUGCUAAAAUCUUGUUUAGAUUUGUAGUUAACUUCCUUUCCUGGAUUAUAGUUGUAAUAAAAUAAUGUUAUUUUACCUUAGUUUUCUAUUAAAUACUAAGUUUACUUCCCAUUAAGGGCAUACUCACCGAAUGUGCUUUGGGCUUUCUACCAAUCCUUUGCUGUUAUUUCUUUAAGCGAUUCAACAUUAUUAUUCAAUUUCAUUGAGAAUGUUCCAAUCAAUGUUUUCAAAACUGGACAUGGCGGUUUAACUAGUUGAAUCAGGAACCACACUAGUGUUUGGUCCAAGUCUUCCUAAAAGACAGAUUUAAAUUUGAACCGGGAA